CGGAGCCGGAAACCGAGGCCAGGAGACUUAGGUGAGGGAGGGGCCGCUUCGGCUGACAGUAAGUACUAAGCAUCAUUGACCCUCUGUAGACCACUUAAGACACCAAUGCCAUUGUCUUCAGCAAGGAGUUGUAUUCCUGUUGCCCUAGAUAUUCAGUGGAUAAACAAGGUUGAUUAUCAGGCCUUACUGAUGUGACUAACUAGAAAGGAACUGUAAAUGUCUUCAGAGGACAAAGAAGCUCAGGAAGAUGAGCUACUUGCUUUGGCAAGUAUUUAUGAUGAAGAUGAAUUCAAGAGAGCGCAGUCUGUACAGGGAGGAGAAACUAGGAUCUCUGUGGAAUUGCCACCAAGCUUCACCAUACGUAUGAAUGGCAACCUGACAGAGAAUCUCCAGAACAGCAAGUUUGAAUGCAGAGUUUGUUUUUUGCCUCCGAUUGUGCUGCAUUUUGAAUUCCCACCAGACUACCCGUCAACUUCCCCACCAGUCUUCACCCUCAGUAGCAAGUGGCUUUCCCAGACACAGCUCUCUGCGCUUUGUAAGCAUUUGGACAACUUAUGGGAGGAAAACAGAGGCUGUGUGAUCCUGUUUGCCUGGAUGCAGUUUCUCAAGGAAGAAACACUUACAUAUCUGAACAUCAGCUCGCCGUAUGAGCCAAAGAUAUGUGACCAAGGACAAGAGCAAAGCAGGAAAGGCAAGGAGGAUGUGGUAGGCGCUGCAGCCGCAGCAGCGCAGGACAAAGUCCUCGAUGCAAGAGCAGUGCAGGAUGUUGAGUCUCUGUCCAGCCUGAUUAGAGAGAUUCUGGACUUUGAUCAGGCCCAAAGGCAGAAAUGCUUCAACAGUAAAAUGUACACGUGCAACGUCUGCUUUUCUGAAAAGCUGGGAAGUGAAUGUAUGUACUUUAUGGAAUGCAGGCAUGUGUACUGCAGGGCUUGCUUGAAGGACUACUUUGAAAUUAAAAUCAAAGAUGGUGAGGUCCACUACUUGAAUUGUCCAGAACCGAAAUGUCCUUCCAUUGCUACUCCUGGGCAGGUAAAAGAGUUGGUGGAAGAGGAACUCUUCGCACGUUACGACCGCCUGCUGCUCCAGUCGAGCUUGGAUAUGAUGGCUGAUGUGGUAUAUUGCCCACGACCAUGUUGCCAAACACCUGUAAUGCAGGAACCAUCUGGCACAAUGGGCAUCUGUUCCAGGUGCAAUUAUGCCUUCUGUACAUUGUGUAAGAUGACUUACCAUGGCGUCUCCCGGUGUAAAGUCACUGCAGGUAAGCCAGAAGCGUUUUCAGACAUACUCGAUCCAGAGAAGUUAGCAGACCUGCGCAAGGAGUACCUUGAAGCAGAUGAGGCCACGCAGAGGUUUUUAGAGCAGCGCUACGGGAAAAGGGUGAUUCAAAAGACACUGGAGGAAAUGGACAGCAAAGAGUGGCUGGAAAAGAAUUCCAAAUCUUGUCCUUGCUGUGGGACUCCUAUAGAGAAGUUGGAUGGCUGCAACAAGAUGACAUGCACUGCUUGUACACAGUACUUCUGUUGGCUUUGUAUGGGUUCUCUGCCAAGAGGAAAUCCAUAUAUGCACUUUAAUGAUCCAGCAUCUCCCUGUUUUAACCGGCUGUUUCGAGGCGGGGAAGAUGAUGGCAACUUCUGGAAUGAGGAGGGCUAGUCUGUACCCAGAUUCAAAAGUGAAAGAAAUCAAAGAAAAAUGAAGUUGUGCCACGCAUGCUGUGUUCAAGAUUGUACUUAAACAUUGGCACUUGAGAAGAGUAUGCAUAAGCACUGAAA